AUGAAACUAAGAUUAUUGUUUCUUGGUUCAGCGAAUAUGGCAGCCAGAGGAGUAUGUUUCGAAUGUGACGCCUCAUGUGUUCCCUUGGAUCUCCUCAUUGAGUCGAAUGUCGAGGAUUUACACAAUCUUGUUUUCCAUCUCCUCCAACGAGGUGCCUUGCCCGAUGGUUUGAAAGAAUGUAGAAGACCUCCUCUAUUGGCUGCAAUGGAAAUGAGGAAAUUCCCUUUAGCUGUGACGUUGUUAAGAAACCAAGCUGACCCUUCGUGCAUUGUUGGGCAUGGAAUAUAUAUAAAUAAGGAGGUACGUGAAGUAAAACGAAACAUGCAACUCAUCAACCAUUCGAUCCCACACUAAAUAUAAUGUAUAAGAAAUAUCGAGCUCAAGAGGGAUCUAGGAUUUGAGCCAUUACGACACUAAUACAUCAUCAUUUCUUGUAGGGUCAACCGAAGCAGUGGCUUCACCUUGGUCGCAAAGCAGUUGAGAGCGGAAACCAUAAAAAGGCAGUCAUGCUCCUCAACAUGUGCAUUCAUCUCUCCGAUUCUGGCCAAGAUGUGUCAAUAUUAACAGCGGCGUACCAAGCUUUGGCAGAGGCACACUUCAAGCUGGAAGAGCAUGAACAAUCUAUCAACGCUGGAAAGGAAUGCUUUAAAUUUCGUCCACAUAAAUCAGAGGUAUUCUUCAAUUGUUGAGAUCAUUCUUUGAAGGACGAUUUUAAAUUGUUAAGUUAAAAGCAAAGUGAUGGUAUCCAGAGACUCAAAGGCAAACAGGAGCAUGACAAUAAUGUACGCAAGUUGUAAAAGGAACUGAAAAGACACGAAUAAGUCUCUGGGUCUGCUUCUGACUCGCAUUUCUGAUCAGUCAGGUACAGAUAUGUAAACAUGCACAGUUAUCUAAUUUUCCCCUUUGAUUGAAUAAAGGAGAUGGUGAGAUUCCGCUCUUCAGCUAAGGAAACAAAUUCACGUACAUAAACAAGGGAUAGAUAACAAUGUGAUGGCGCUGAUAACAAGAAAAUAAAUACCAAUUCAUUAAAAAAUACAUAUACACGUAGAUCAUUCAAUAUAUUCCUUAAUUUCUACGUUAAUCUUUAUUAAAGGAUGAAGCCAAAAGUUGGCAAUUUCGGGCAUCCCACAUCUAUGAUUUAGGUCUCUACCUGCCCUGUAUCGAGUGCAUUAACCUGGCUUUGAAGUACACCCCAGCGGAGUCCACAAGGACCUUCUCACUUCUGUUAUGUCAACGGUCUAAGGCUGAGCGGCAGUUAGGUCAACAUUUAAGCGGCUUGGAAGAUGCAAAAAGAGCCUCAAUGAUGACACCAGAUAUGCUGGAGGUAAGCAAAAUUAACUUUAAGUACCCCUCUUGCUGCGGCUGUAGAUGGUAGGUGUAUAGGACGUGUCUGCCAGUUCAAAUCAGUAGAUUUCUGGCCUCGUGUUAAAUCAUAGCCAUUUAUUUUUGGAAAAAAGUGCACACAUAGUAACGUUUCAGACCGUGGUGUAUCCCUCAACAGUGUCGGAAGGCCAAGGGAAGUGCGAGUAUGAUGGGGGAAACAUCGGAAAAGAAAUCAUAGUAUCUGCCCAGAACUGGGAUCGGGGUAGCUUUGUGACUGUUGGUUUUACCUUGGUGGGGGUUAAGGAUGAUAUAUUUUGAGGAGAGCUAAAUAUGGCCAUCCUACACUCAGCUCUCGCUGAUCAGGUGGGUCUUCGUGCCAUGGCAUAGUGAGGCUAGAGACAAAAUGAUGAUAUCUGAUGAAGUUCAUUUCAUUUUUUUCUAGGGGUAUUUGAAUCACUACCGUUGUCUUCAAGCACUUAACAGAGGAAGUGAAGCGAUGCAAGCGAUAAAUGAGUGCCUAAAACGGACGACAAAUGAAACAUUAUUGGGCGACCUUCUAAACAAUGCACUCGACAUUGCUGUUACCCUUGAAGGUACCACGAUACAGUUUUAGCCAAUUUUGAAAGUUCCACAGCAGUGUACAAAGAAAGUAGUGUCCGAUAGCCUGGGGCUAGUAGAUUUUGUUAUCGGGCGAGUGAAUUCUGUUUUUAACUUGCCCGAAGGGCAAGUGAUGUAUUUUGAGGAAUUCGAAUAACAAAAGAACUGUGCAAUCAAUUCUGCUCGUCGCAAAGCUUUUGGGGCUACUUGAAAUGACGUCUGGGCUAGUAAAUGCUAGCUUCAGCUUGCCCGAAUGGCAAGCUGUAAAAGUGAUUUUCUUUGCACCCUGCACAGUAUACGUUUUUUAACACUAACGAAAGAAAAUAAUUGCUGUCACAUCACAGUUUCUAAGCUCAAACUCGGUGGCUGUGUUUUCGGUUGUUCUGCAUCUGGUUGUUUCUCGCAAACAACAUUUAAAAUUAAACGGUGCGUUAAGUUUCACCAAACGUUGCCAUCAUUUAUGGGGAACAAACGGCAGCUGAACUGAAAUUUUUCCUAUUCGUUUUCAGAAAGAACAUUGGCUCUCACCAACCCAAUCCCAAGAUAUCUUCUCGUCAACUUGUUGAACUACGUUAUUGAGACAAAGGACUGGAACAAACUUAAAGUCCUUUAUCUUGGAGGAGGAGGGCCUUCGUCCCUGCCAGUAGGAGUGGGAGGCCUGGCUACUAACAUAGACAUUGCCAGUGUUCCACUGGGAGAAGUCAUUCGCCAUCUUGGCCUUAAAGACCCCCUGCUAAUAUCAGUCUUAGUUGAGCAUGGGGCAUCAGUGAACUUGAUUGGAGGAUCGGAUGUCAUACCUUUGAACGAGGCAAUGAACAAAGAACAGUUACCUCUGGUUAAAAUGCUAGUCAAGAAAGGAGCAAAUUGUUGUGCUACGGACAAUGAAGGAGAACCGAUCAUUCACAAAGCCCUGCGAAAAGGCCUUAGUGGUGGUAAUUAUAUUGGUUUAAUUUCUCUUUUGCUACAGUACUCAUGCAUGCAUUCAAUUUUGACUAGCUCAUACAGGCUACUUUUGGUAGCCUAUAUAUAAAUGUUACAAAUAGUCGGUCGCCAGGGGUGUGUACUUAGGAAUUACACGCAUACCAGCAGAAUGAAACUAUAGGAGCGAAUGUGUCGAGGGACGUUCUUCACCGAUAGUAGGCUUACUUCAUGAUACCCUUCUCAUGGUAUCUCACCGUCUCGUCAUUUACCAUCAAAACGUGUCUGGAUGAAUUUUUUUUCAGUUACUAAUUUGUUGUUUUUUGCCAGGUGAUUUCAGAUUCCUGGAGGCAAUGAUAAAAUCUAAAAAUCCUGAGAUCGAGAACGUUCGAGACGCCAACGACAGCACCCUUUAUCAUAUUGUCUGUGCUGGCCGUAAGCCCAACAAAAAAUCACCAGCGUACGAUCGCAAGUGUGACGCAAUCCAGUUUCUUCGAGAAGCAAACGUCAACCCGAACCUUCCAAACAAGAAGGGUCUUCGUCCUCUUGAAAUGGUUACUAAGAAAGAUCAUCGCUGGAAGAUGAUUAGUACGUCGAUAGCAUCUUACAGGUCUAACGCCACUGCUCCUUCCUCCUCUGAAGUACACCAUGAAAUUGCAUUUCAAGAGGAAAAGGACAAUGCUAAUAGCAAACUAGCUACGCAAGACGAUGACUGGUCCCGUGGUAGUGAGCUUGGUUUAACUCGAGAAGAGGGAACUUCAGAAUCCACAAAAGUCAACAAAAGUAACAGGCUUGAUGAUAAACAAAAACACAGAAUACAACUAAGGCAAAGGAUUGGUGGCCUAAUAGAAGUUUUAUCUCCACUUGUGUCUGUUCGAAUGGUAGAAAAUGUAGAACAAGAAGAAAAUGACAUUCUGGAUGAGACGUCCCUAAUUUUUGACGUGACGCGCUUUGAUAAGACACGAGCAGAAGAGAGAAAUUUGGACGUGUCUGCUAUUGAUGACUACAGACAAACUGAUCCCGCUGAGAAAGAACUUACAGAUGACGAAAUAGAGGCUGAAAUUGACUUCAAAACUCCUUUUGAAGACCUUCCUUGGGAAGUCGACUGUACUGAUCGAGUGUGGAAGGUAAUGAGAAGCAAAAAGAUCGACAACAACAUGCGAAGACGUAUUAUCGAAAAAGUGCAAAUGUUAGCAAAUGGGAGAUGGAGCAAGACACUUUGCAAAAGGCUGGAAGGUGAGCCAAAGAAACAGGGUAUCCAUCUUUAUGAGUCAAAGUUGACCAAAGGUCAGCGAAUACUAUGGGAGGAAACUGUCGCCUUUUCCGGUAGGCUCAGUGACCUACCUGAGAACCGUUUAAACGAAGAAACUUCUCAAGGUCGAAUCUACUCGGAUAUCAUUCGUGUUUGGGACGUUGUGUUGGACCAUGACAAACUUCAACGUUCAAUUGACCACAUCGUCAAGUCACAUGACCGAGGAAUGCAUUGUCUAAUCAAAAAGAAAUUAAAAGGUAUACCGGUGGAAUCUCGAAAUUCAAACAUUGCAUCAGGUGAACGCUUGCCCAACAAGUACGUGGAAAUAGCAGAUCCGAACAUCCCAACCGAGUCAAUCCACAAAAAGAGUAUUUCAAAGAAGACAUCUGUAAGUGACAGUUUGCCUCAAAUGUUCUUCCCACCUGCAAGCGCAAAUGAACAGGAAUACCAUAUUCUCAAGUUUUACUCGUUUAACACACCCCUGGUGAAGACAGUUCUGGAAAGUGAUACCUCUACAAAGGUCGACUUCCCCUUCAAGAUCACAGAGCUGGAACAUGCCAUUGUUAACCUUCGUCCGGACCCUCCAGCUCCCAUCAUUCUCCUCGGUCGUAGUGGCACCGGCAAAACCACCUGCUGUCUUUAUCGCUUAUGGGAUAAUUUUCAAAGGUACUGGGAAAGCGCAGCAACUGCUGGUCCCCACAUUCCACAGUAUGCCCGGCCUGUAAAGGUCUGUGGAAGCGUCAGCGAAGUAGAAUCCCUACCUAGAUCAUCCGAACAGGUUGCAUGUGGCCUAAACUGCAGCCCACUUACCAAACGUAUUAAGCUCGAAGACUGUGCUAUGCAAAAUGAAGAAAGUUCUCACAAGUCAAGCAGUUCAGAUAUUCCCUAUUCUAGACAAGGCCUUCAAUGUGAAGAUGGUGUUCCUGACAAUUCUUAUGGUGCUUGCAUGUACGAGCACUUGCACCAGAUAUUUAUCACCAAGAAUAAUGUUCUCUGCAGCGAAGUUGAAAAAAACUUUAAAGAACUCUGUCGAGCGUGUCAGGCUGCGGAGCAACGUCUGCAGUAUGAAGAACGAUCCACCCCGAAAAAGAUUCAAGAUGUUGCUGAGGAGGAGUGGCCACUUUUUGUGAACUCUAGAGACUGGCUUUUGAUGCUGGAUGCUUCUCUUCCAGGAGAAACAUUCUUCAAGCGUGCGGAUGAUGGAACCUUAGAACGAAAAAUUGAGGGAUGGGGAGAGGAGGACAAUCAUUUACAAUUUAUCCCAGCUUCUGAAUCAGAUGUAGAAAGUGAUGAAGAGGACGACGAAGAAGAAAAAGCGAAAGUCCCCAAAGAAAACAGAGACCCAAGAAGAGAAAUCACGUACCAUGUUUUUCAACACGAAAUUUGGCCAAAGAUGAAGAAGUCUUCAAAGGAAACAGUUGACUAUCAUCCAACUUUGGUUUGGACAGAAAUAAGAUCCUUUAUAAAAGGUUCUGCUGAGGCCCUGAUGAGCGAGAAUGGAUUCCUCUCACUCGAAGACUAUGAGUCUCUUGGUAGAAAAAAGGCACCAAACUUUUCCGCGAAUAGAAAAGUAGUGUACGACCUCUUCCUUGUGUACCAGCAACAACGUUCGCGGUAUCGAAUGUUUGAUGAAGCAGACCUAGUGUUCAACAUUCAUCGACGCCUGUUAAGUAGUCCUGCACUUGAUUGGUCAAUUCACCAGUUCUACGUGGACGAAACCCAAGACUUCACCCAAGCCGAGUUGUCCUUAUUAAUUCGCUGCUGUCGUUUUCCAAAUGAGCUGUUCUUCACUGGUGACACUGCUCAGAGUAUAAUGAGAGGGAUUGCGUUUCGCUUUGAUGACCUUAAAACUCUGUUCCACCAUGCAAGGAAAGCAGUUGCCAUUAAGGAGGGGCAUCACAAUUUUAUUCGGGUCCCAAAGAGGCUCUAUCAGCUAACUCAUAACUACCGGUCACACGCCGGGAUUCUUCGUUUGGCUUCAAGUGUUGUCGAUUUGCUACUCUCUUACUUUCCUGAUUCAUUUGACCGGCUACAAAAAGACGAAGGUUUGUUCGAGGGACCUAACCCGGUGCUAUUAGAAGCCUGCAGUCCCACGGACCUCGCCCUGAUUCUUCAAGGAAAUCAGCGACAGUCGUCCAGAAUUGAAUUUGGGGCGCACCAGGUAGUUCUUGUGGUUUCUAAUGAGGCCAGAGAGGCAAUGCCAGAUGAGCUUAAGCAGGGGCUAGUGAUGACCAUCUAUGAAGCCAAGGGACUGGAGUUUGACGACGUCUUGAUUUACAAUUUCUUCAAAGAUUCACAGGUAAGCGGAGUACGGUCCUUCCAUUGCUUAAUAGAUAACAAGUAAAGAAGGCUGUUGAAUGUACCCUAGGACUAAGCUACUUUCGGAUUCGGUUUGUUUUCAGCUACACCAAACUGGAAUUAUUUGACAUGACUGUUAUUAAUUAAACCGCGCUUUCAGUGAUGUCGCAAUAGUGAGAGUGCUCACUGCACUUUCCACUUAUGUGGCCUGGGUUGGAUUCCCAGCGUCUGCAUGUUGGUUUAGCUUAUCGACUUUCUUUUAUCUGUUCCGGAAGAGGUUUCUCUCCAACAUCCCAAAUUCCAAUGCAAUCUUGUAGAGUGUCCUUGUGAAGUGUCGUCUACCAUCAAAAUGUACUUUUUAACUAAAGAGCUUCCUUUUUUGGAACUAAUUUGAAUCGAACCAAUUUUGCAACGAAAAACAGUAGGGUUAGAUAAGCCUUCAUUGCUAUUUUUAUCAUACUAGGCUGGAAAAGAAUGGAGAGUUGUCACAAGUUUUGUGGAGCAACAAGACGUGGUGGAUGAGUCUGGUUCCACUGGGCUGGCAGAGGUAACUGAGGAAAGCGUUCAAGUAAAACGCUCGCGUCCACUAGAAUUUGAUCGCGAAAAGCACAAGGUUUUAAAUUCUGAGUUCAAGUAUCUGUACACUGCCAUUACUCGAGCCAGGGUGAACGUUUGGUUUUUCGACGAAGACGAGGAAGCUCGUGCACCGGUGUUCGAAUAUUUCCGCAGACUGAACCUGGUUAAUGUGGUGACGUUAGAAGAUCAAGGAAAGGGGACAGGUCAACUGGCUAACAUGUUUGCUGUUAAGUCAACACCAGAAGAAUGGCGAAAAGGAGGAAUGCGCUUUUACAAGAAGAGAUUGUGGGUAGCAGCGAUACAGUGCUUCACAUUUGCUGGCGAUAUGUUAAUGCUCCAGAAAAGUCAAGCACAACAACAGGCAGCAGAGGCCAUCAAGUUCCGUUCAUCAAACCGCCAAAUGAUGCGAGACGGGUUCCUACGUGCUGGUGAAAGCUUCCUGCAAUGUCAAAUGUAUGAUGAAGCUGCGAUUUGUCUGAACAAUGCACGAGAAUGGAUUCUUUUGGCCAAGUUUUACGAGAAAACAGGGAAGGUAAAUAUAGAAUUUUAUACUUGUAUUUUUGUGCCUUUGCAGACGUUUUUGGCAUAAGCCCUUGAAGAAGGGGUGCACGUUUCUUUACUUAUUGAAUAUUUGCCCCAAAUAUACUUAAUCUUGACGGGCAAAAAAAUCGAGCUGACAUAACAAUACUGAUAUCUGUUCUACUCUCUUUUUUACAAUGAUUUCUAGUAUCAAGAUGCUGCUCGACUCUUCAAAAAGAAAAGAUUGUAUCAAGAAGCAAGCAGAUGCUUUGAAUCGCAGAACAACUACCGCGAUGCUAUCGAAACCUUAUGCUUUGCUGGUCGUAUCGAGGAAGCUUUAAACGCCUUAGAGCGUUUCAAAAUCCUCUCCUCAAGUGGUGAUUCAGACGGACGACAAGGAAUUAUUCCACCCAAAACUACUCGUACUGUGGAAAGGAUGCAUUAUCAAUUGGCUGACAAGCAUUUUAAGGAAGGAAACAAGGAAAAAAUGGAGGAAGUUCUCCAACAUCUUCCAUCAACCAACGACCGCAUUACAUUCUUGAAGAAUCGUGGAUGUGUAAUCGAGGCAGCAAGAGUAAUGAGAGAAGAAGGAAAGAGAGAUGAGGCGGCGUCUCUUCUGAGAAACGAAGGGAUGUUUCAAGAGGCAAUUAAGUACUCAACUGAUCCCAAGUUUACGGCUGACUGUCUGUUAUCACAAGCGCGCACAGCAAAUGACUCCAAAGACACGCCGGGGAUUCUUCAUAUGGCAUUAGAAAAGUACCAACAGUGCGAAAACCUCAGAGGCCAGGCAGAGGCAUUGCUAAUGCUGGGUCAACUAUCAAACGACGUUGGCAAGAUACAAGAAGCUGGCAGAUUGUUUGAUAAGUGCAGAAAUUGCUGCGGGGAGGUCGAGAGUGUAACACAGCUGCUUAAAACAUCAUCUUUCUCACCACCAGAGAGCUUAAGUCAGUGGAUCAUUGUAAGGGCUUUAGAGAGAUUACUACGUCUUAUCACUCUUUUGUACAAGCCUAUCGAGCAGCGUUCAUUGGGGGAGCGUAGUGAAGUGGAAAAGUGCGAAGAACACUUUGGACUUUUCGCAACUGAAAGUGAACGACAAAAGGCGUAUUUUUGCAAACAAGGUGGGAGGUUCUCCUACGUAGAUCCUGACUUUGCACAGCACCAUGCGUCUAAAAGUAAGGCGAUGGUUGACACAGCCGAGGUUCACCUGAAGAUUGGUCGCUUCCUGAUAAACUCAUCCUUAAGCCUCAUAUGUAUGAUUCAAAAGAUGUUAGAAAACACUUUUGCUAAAAAUUCUCUGUGCAAGAAAGUAGUCGAGGGAAUUGUCUGUGACGAUUCAAGUUGUACCUACCAGCACGAAGAUUCAGAAGAGCGUUUUAAUCAGCGCUUUCAUGCCUUGUUCAACUUCACAUAUCUGGAAUCAGUUGUUGAGAAAAGCAUUUCAGAGAUGACUGCUAACAAUAAUAUAAACGACAUUUCUCCGUUAAUUGACAGGGACUUCCAGAAAUUCUCUGCAUGCCAGCGUUUUUAUAACUUUCUAUUUCCUUCCUCUGGCUGUCGCAGAUAUCACCUCACUUGGCCACUCGUUCGUAAUAUUAGAAUGACAAAAGCGGUAAACAGACGUAUUUUGCAGUUCGCAACCGUCUCAUGGAAGGAGACGUCUGAGGAAAAACGCCGUUCAGACACGGACAACUUUCUAAAAGUUUCAUCCUCUCUACAGCUGAUUGGCUGUUCUUCAUUUAUGGUGAAAUGGAUUUGCGAAGAGGAGAUCGAGUUUCAGACACAGACAAGAAAUUCGCAAAAGCCAACGAUUUCCCAGUUAAUGCUAUCGAAGAAUGGAAUGGUUUUCAACAAGGAUAAUGAUCGUUGCGAAAGCUAUCUUCAAUGGUGGGAGGACGGCAAGAAAAGGUUAUACGUGCACGGAGAUGUUGAAAACGCCGCCCACCUGAUUGUAAGACGUUUCCUUACCCUUACAGCGAAGCGGAGUGGUAUGAUCUAUCCUUCAAUUGCCAACACGGUGAUGAUUUUAGAGCACCAGCUAACUGCUUGUCUUGCACUAUACACCAGAUUGUGUACAACCCACCAAUUCCCAAUUUGUUUGCCAGGAAGCUAUUUAACCAUGGUAAGGCUCUGGGAUAACUUCAGACCAAAUGUCGACAAGGGCACCUUUACCCUGUAUGAGGCAGUUGAGGAAAAUGUAAGCCAGGAGAGAAAUAUACCAAGACUGCUCAACGCCAUCCGUUCACUUUUGAAUCACAUGGUGAAGUUGACAUGUGGUGAGGUGGCAUCACUGUUUGACGUUUUGGGAGACGCCCUGAGUUCUGACGGAAAUCCAACAUACAGCACUUCUGUAGAAUCUGAAAGGACUCUGGUAUUUUUCCUCACUAUGCUUUGCAAUUGUGGAAAAGGGAUCUCGGCUUCCAUGGAAGGAACCAUGCUGGCAAAAAUCUUCAAUAUCACACCAAAUCCUUGCUUGCCAAACCGCAUCAAGGAAGUGUUGGUUGCAGUCCACGAGGCAAAAGGAUACCGUGACCUCGUAAAAGUGUUGAAUGAAUUUUUACAGAGUCGGGGCGAGGCUUUGUAUGAUCUUCGCUGGUAUAAUCGCAAGCUUUGGAAAGAUGGCCCAGCCAAUCCAAGUUAUUACCAUGAAAGUUUCUACACCGACAUAUCCAAGAUACAUGAAGAAUUACGACAAGUGCAAGUAGCAAGUCCCCAAUGUGAAGAAGCAGGCGACUCAAACAAUGCAGGUUCAGACGUAGAUUUUGAUGCGACUACAGACAACAUGGAAGUGAGGUAUACAGACGAGGAAUUGAAAGAAAAAGAGAAUACCAGAAAAGAAGUAGCUGCCACCAUGACCCAAAGUUCGCUCAAAGAAGUAAGGCAAGCAGAUGUCUUCCGUCUUACAAAUCUAACGAAGUCAAAAUCUACCGAGGAGCAAAUGGCGGCAACAGAUGCUGCUGAAGAGCACUUUUUAAGGUUUAAAAUGGACUCGUCAGCUUGCGGGAUCUGUGGAACAAAGUUUAAAUCAUCAACAGACGAUCAUCCACUUAUAAAUCAGGAGGAUUAUGAAGGUGGACCACUUUGAUCAUUUGUUUCUGUUAUUUCUUGAAUUCAUCCACCCUUUUGCUACUUCCUUGUCCACUCCCCCCCUCCCCCUAUACGUCCCUUUCUUCAUUCAUCCAGCCAUCAAACAUCGAUCCCAUCUAACCACUGAUUCAUGCAUGCUUGCAUUCAUGCUUCCGUCUUUCCAUCUAUCCAUCAAUCCAUUCUCUCAUCCAUAAAUACACUUUUUUGUUGGCUGAUUCAUUCAUUUAGCAUCUGUUCAUAGUCUCGUACAUCUGCUUCUGUGUUCUUUAGUCUCGACAUAGUGUUUGUUUGCCCGCCGAAAAUAAUCUUAUCCCUUUUAGGAACUAUAGCAGGUGGGGAGAUUGAGACGGUAGAAGCCCACAAAAACUCGCGGACUCAUGCGAUGAAAGAAGAACAAUUCCAGCUGUAUAAAGAGAUCUACUCAGCAGAGAUCCAUCCCUGUUUGGUAAAAGAAGAAGAGCUACGAAAAAUGGCAGGGACUAUUUCGUUAUCUGCUGACAUAGGGCUGGAUUUAGACAGACUGGAAACGCCCCUGUCUAAAGUAAAGAAAAGAGUGCAGGCCAUCGAGGCAUCACUGGACUGGGCAAAUACUAGUUUGCUUAUGAGCGAAGUAAAAGAACUAGAAACUAAAUUGCAAGGAAUUUUCAAACUUUUAGAGCAAGGUAUGUUUAGAAGGCAGAAGUUCGUAUUCUCUAUGAUUCAAGCACAGACAUAAAACUAUUUUCCCUCUUGGGUUUGCAUACUAUUCACGAUUUUGGAACCUCGUGCUCGUUUAAUUUCUACCUUCGUACUCUAACUAAAAAACAACUAUUUUUGAUCUUUUUUACGGACGGUACCUUCCCAAAAAAUUCGUCAAGAGGUGUCAGUUUUUCUCUAGAUUUAAGUCUAUAGCAAUUUAUUUUGAAAGAAGUCUAUGAAUGACAAGUAACCAUCUCGAUCCUUCGUCUAUACGUCUGUAUAAUGUGUACCUUUUUCCCCAGCAAAAACAGAUUCUCCAACAGACUUACCCAAGGCGGAAGGCGACGACACUGAAGAACAAAAUGACGAAUUGGAGGAAGAAGAAGGAGGAGAGGACCCAAUCAUGGACAUGCAUCAGGAUGUACCACGGAGAAAGCGUCGAAAGGCCCAGAAAAAGAAGCAAUGA